UAAAUGCGUGAACUUGAUACUGUCCACCACUUUUCUAUGCGCUAGUGUAUAGAACACUUUUCCUUUCGCAACUCGUAUUUUCUUUCGAGAAAAUAAUGUAAUUGAACCCGUGCGGUCAGUUGUUCGUUUACACCAUGGUGAUACGGGAGAUAUUGAUUUUCUUUACUUUCGCUGCGAUAGUAUGCAGUAGCGAAGUUGACGACAGCGAGCAGAAGAAGCGAGGAGCAGGAAAGACAACUAACUUAAACGCUAUUCCCACUGGAGCCCAGAAGCAAGAAUACACGUAUAGCAUAUAUCCUCAGAGCGUAAACCCCCAAAGUGGUCCACCAAGUCCAUCUUACCAGAAUCAAGUCCCUAAUUCCUUUUACCCAACUCCUGGGUCCAAUCAGUAUUAUUCAAAUCCAAAUUCAGCACCAGAUGCAAAUCCUACAUAUCCAGCACAACCACAGAUAAAUCUUAUUCCUCCACAAAGUUCAUCACAGUUCGUACCGCUAAACUUUAUACCGAAUCCAGGUUACCAGACGAAAUACCAAAUAAUACCAACAAAGUCUCAGAAUGGUAACAUACAAAUUGCUCUUAUACCGCAUCAGCAAGCAUACCAAGCGCCUCCUUACCUACAGUAUCCUCAACUGUUCUCUCCACAACCAACUCAGCAGAUCAGUCCUCAACAAAGUCCUUUGAUAAGUUCGAUUCCUUCUCAGGGACAAUACAACCCGGCACCAAACUACCAACCUUUAUCAUUGGGUAAUCCGUAUUUAGGCCAACCGUCGACCAUGUUACUGCUAGCUCAGCCAAAUCCAUCUCUGUACAACAACUUCUUAUACCAAAAUCCUUUACAAAGUUUAUAUAAUUAUUAUCCUACAAACACACAGACAAAAUAUGCUUCCUAUGGUCAAUCACAACCUUUGAUUGAAUACGAAAAAGGACCUGCAUCACAGACAGCUCCAAAAGAAGACAAUGAAAUUGUUUCAGGUUCUCGUAAUACAGAAUAUAUUACUCCAUCUGAAAAUAACAACUACAAGAAUGCAUAUACAUCAACUCGCUCUGCUUCAUAUUCUAAGCUUUAAUUAUUUGUAUGAUCUGUUUAAAUGAGUUUUCCAUAUUCAUAAAUGUUUAUUUUGACGUGUGUAUUUUGUUGCCAUUUAUGUUAACCA